CUUCCCACUUCCGCCCCCUCUGCCUGCCAUUGGAAGUAGCGAAGCCCAGCAAGUUGCGGCCGCCGAGCAGCCGGCGCUGCCCUCGGACUCUGCGCCUGCCUUCCUCUCGCCUGUCCUCCGCUUCCCCGGCCGCCGCCGCUCCCGAGGCCUUGCGCUCGCCGCGCCCGUAGCCCACGCCGCGGCCGACAUGAGCUUCUUGUUUGGUAGUCGCUCUUCUAAAACUUUUAAACCAAAGAAGAACAUUCCAGAGGGGUCUCACCAGUAUGAACUCUUAAAGCAUGCAGAAGCCACACUUGGCAGUGGCAACCUCCGGAUGGCUGUCAUGCUUCCUGAAGGGGAAGAUCUAAAUGAAUGGGUUGCAGUUAACACUGUGGAUUUCUUCAAUCAGAUCAACAUGCUUUAUGGAACCAUCACAGACUUCUGUACAGAAGAGAGUUGUCCAGUGAUGUCAGCUGGCCCAAAAUAUGAGUAUCACUGGGCUGAUGGAACAAACAUAAAGAAGCCUAUCAAGUGCUCUGCACCAAAGUAUAUUGAUUAUCUGAUGACCUGGGUUCAGGACCAGUUGGAUGAUGAGACAUUAUUUCCAUCAAAAAUUGGUGUCCCAUUUCCGAAGAAUUUCAUGUCUGUGGCGAAAACUAUCCUCAAACGCCUCUUCAGGGUUUAUGCUCACAUUUAUCAUCAGCAUUUUGACCCUGUGAUCCAGCUGCAGGAGGAAGCUCAUCUCAAUACAUCUUUCAAGCACUUUAUUUUUUUUGUUCAGGAAUUCAACCUUAUUGAUAGAAGAGAACUUGCACCACUCCAAGAACUGAUUGAAAAACUCACCUCAAAGGACAGAUAAAAGGAUGCAAAGCUAUGCAGAUUGUUCCUCAAAUGAAGAUGUGUGGAGUAUAUUUGGAUCUUGGUUAUGUUUUGUUUUUAUCUUUGUUGUUUCCGUCUUAGGUUUGGGUGGCUUUGCAUUCCUGGUUCUUUAUUCUGAAUAUAUGAAACCAUAUUCUAUUGCUAGAGGAUGCCAAGAACCACUCUCUAUGCUUCUGAUGGGGGGUAAAUUUUGUCUUAGUUGUAUAGUUUUGUUUUUUUUAAACUUAGUUUUGAUUAUUUGGGAAAUAUGUUAUAAUACUGUGUGCUGAAAGAAAAAGCUUAUUGAUUGAACUGCUGGUAGAUGGGGUUCUGUGUUAUGUAAAUUGUGGCCCAUUUUUGAAGUCCCCAAAAGACUUGUUUUUAAGUGCCUUGUCAGGCUCACUUCUGAGGUGCAAAGCACAGACAUAGAACUGAACAGGGCUUGAAACAAUAUAAGAUUACUACCCAGGGCACUUUCUGUGCAUGCUGUAAAAUAUUCAUGAUAAAAGCCAUAGUUUACGUAAAUUAGUGAUCUCCAGCUUUUACUACAUUGAAGAAACAUAAUUUGUAAAGGUGUGCAUGUAGAACAUAAAAAAUUAAUAUUUCUUAAUUAUUUUUUAUAUUGACAGUAAUAGAGUCUGUUCAACAAAUAUUUAAAGUUCUACAAGCAGGUCUUUUUCCAUCUGUUGAUAUAUGUGAUAUUGAAACUUGAGGAUGUUGAAAUGUAAUAUCUAUUGCAUUUUGGCUUCUUUCUACUGCACUGUAGGUGUAAAAAUUCAGGUUAUAAGUAAGAUUGCCAUCUUCAGAGGUGAUGCUGAACUGUGAGGUUUCUUAGCAAUUGCCAAAUGAGCCAUAAGUCUGCAGAAUCUCCUUCUACUCUGAAUAGGAGGGGAUGGGGUGUGUAUGUGUUUAGGGGGUAGUUAGUUUUCUAGGGAGUUAGGGAUGGGAUUAAGUAUGGGGAGUCAAGUUCUGUAAGUCCUGGCUUAAGCCCUUGAAAAAAAAGAAUGGUGUGAAGUAUGUAUAAACCGUCUUAGAGACUUCCUGUUAGGAAUCAACUUCCAUGAGAAGUUACAAAUAAAUUACUAAUUUUAAGUACAGACAUUAAGCUUAUAAUUUAAAGAUGGGGAAAUUGGUGACUUUUUAGCAUUUCCAUUCAGUGAAUGGAGCUGGUGUUUGCUUAUCAUUUUAAAAUGAUACAGUACCUUUUUUGCUUAUUACAGGCCCAGUUUGAAGCAUUCUGACUUCUGAUUUUUCCACUGUGAGAGGAAAUCUUUUUCUUUGCAGUGAUAUCAAACAAUGAAAAUGCUGUAUCUUUAUAGUGAAUUAUUACCAUAAAUAACAAAUCUAGAAACCUAAUUUUUAGAAUAAAUACUAAUUUUUCUCUCAUUUUAUUCUUGAGAAAUAGCCUUUUCUGACGUCUAGUCUUAAUUUUGUCAUUUAUAGCAAAUUUUCUCCCUUCAGUUAGAAAUAUAUGUCCUUCUUUCAGUUAGAAACAUUGCCUUUUUCCCUUGUAGAAUAGAAAUGCUUGCUCUGCAGUCAUAGAUACAAAAUACUUAGUAGGAGAAAAAUAUAAAAUGAGAUCAGUUUUUUUAUCAUUAACAGAUCAGUGAUAAAAUUUAAUGCCAUUAAAGUUAUGAUCACUAGGAACUGCCUUUUACUCCAUUUCAUUUGUAGCAACCUCUUGCCAAAUAGCAACAGUAGAAAUAACAAGAGAACCUGGUGGAAGCGAAUAUUUUGGAUAUUUACUGAUAAUUCUUUUUCAUAAACUGCAGGGAGAGCUAGCUGAUAUCCUUAAAUCUUUUAGUAUCCAGAUAGACAAUAUCAACAACUGUGGAUUGAUUCAGAAAUGAAAUUUAGUGUCAAGUGGUUUUGAGUACCAUCUAUUUAGGAAAAUGAAACAAUAUAACUCAAAUAAUCUUCCAAAUGCAUUGACUUCAUACAGACCUAGUAAACUAGGAAUUGCAAAAGCCAAGUCAAAAAUUGUUCUUGCUCUUUUUAGCCUUAUUCGUUAGUACACUGUAAAAAUUGGAAAGUGUUUCUUUUAAAUUGUUCAACAGUAGGAUUUACUUUCCCAGUAUGUGUAGAUAGGAGUUAGUUUUCACUGUGCCAGAAUCUCAGGUGCCUGCUUCUGGUUAUUUAAUCAGAGUUCUUGGGAAUGAGGAAGUAUGUAUGUGUAUAUAUGGUAACAAAGUAUAGAAGUUCUCCUGGGGAGAGGCCUGGCAUUGUCAGUGGUAUUACAUGGCUACCAAUAAGGAAACACAGAGCAUAUGAGAAUGAAUUGAUUUAAUAGGAAGCUAUUUUAGUUUGUUUGGUUCCUGUGAAAGUAAGAUGCCCUUUAUAAAAUAAGAAUUAAAGCUUGUUUUUUCAGCGGAGCAUGCUUUUAAAUGUUGAUUGGAUUCUCUUCAGAUCUUUUAAUUUAAUUUGUAAAUAACCAAGGUAAUUAUUUUCCUUUCUACUCUUUAUACAUAAGAUAUAAAACAGAAGUUGGUUUUCUCGUCCUUUGAUAAAAGCAUCCUGUAAAAUAUACAGUAGUAAAUUAACAUAGUAUUACUGUCACUCAUGAUGCUUUGGUUAAGUUAACAUGAAACAAGUUUUAGUAAUUAUUUUAAAUGAUGGAGUAGCAGUAUUGAAGAGACAUAGUAACACAGUGGAAAUCUUAGUUAGCAGUAGAUGGUGCUACUGGCUUUCAUUUACUGAUUUGAUUAUUCCAUUCCUAUAAAAAUCAUAGCAUUAGAUUACAUUAAAAGAGUAAGCAUAUGUUAGUUAGCUGGUGGCUUUGGAGGUCAGUUUGUCUUAAUUACUAUCUCAUUCUGCCUUUCCUGUUAGUCAUCUGUAGUUUCUAAAAGGUCAGCAUAAAAUGUAUUAGGUAGGGGAAGAUAGGUUUAAUGUAUAAUGUCUCUCAGACUGAUUUACUCUCUGGCUUCUCAGAAUGGGUGAAGCACUACAAUCUCUUGUUAGGCAGUAGAGAUGAUGUGGAUAUUUAUAUUUUACAAAUAUAGUCACCAGAUUCCAUUUUAUUAACAUUUUCCCUGCUUAUGAGAAAAUAGAAAAAUGAUAGAUUUCUUUUACACCUUUACACCCUUCUGAGAGAAGUUUUGAUAAUCAAUAAAAUGGUAGAAAAUGUGAGUUACAAAUUCUGAGUUGUAGAAUUUUCUUUUAAAAUGAAUAUGUCAUAUCUCAACAUACACAUGAGAGUUGAUCUUCGGAGUGGUUCCUGUGGGAGCGCUACUUAUCCCAGCUGUGCUAGGAAAGUAUGCUGAUAGCUUUGUGAUGAGUUAAAAAUAAUCAGUGGUUGAUCACAGAAGUGCAAUGUUUUUGGAACUUUGUUUUAGACAUGUCAUGCAAAUCAGUUUGUGACUAUGCAAGGAAAUCAGUUUCAUCAUUUUGGUUGCAUCAAAAGCUUCUUUGGUGGCUCAGUAGUGACCUAUCUUAAUCCCCAAGCUAACUAUAAUUUGGCUCUGCUCUGAAAACUGCACCAUUAGGGACAUUGAAAAGAAUGGGCCAUAGUCUCUGAAUCUGCAGAAAACAAUAUGUUAAGUAUUGAUCACAUCAUUGAAUAAAGCAAUAGUUUUAUGACAUCACUGUUUUGAAGUGGACAAUAUCAUUUACAAGUGUAGGUUUUACUUUUAAAAAAAAUUCAAUCUAAUUACAAUUAAAUAAUUUUUACAAACCACUGUUUUUCUCCAGAACUUGUUUUCUGUGUUUUAUUACUUAUCCUGAAAACUUUUGAAUUUUAUAUUGAUUACUACUGAAUAGUGGUUCUUAUUGAAUGUCUAAUGUGGAAAAUGGACCCAAUAUUUAAGAUAGAAGUAAGUUAAGGAAAUAAAAGAUUUCACUACCAGGAUUUUUUUUAAAGCAUGUUUUCUUUGAGUAAACAAUUUUACUUUAUUGAAGACUGUAAUGCAAAGAAAUUGGAAUGUUUUAUAUGUUAUGCUGAGUUUUAAGCUCACAUAUCACAAAAUGUUUAAAAUUGUAUAAUCAUUUCAUGUAUCAUUUAUAACUUUGUUUCUGAAUGUCCUUUGAAAAGAUGUGGGACCAGAAGUAUAUUUGUAAUUUGGAAAUGUGAUUUUGUACUAUGAAAACUUUGUCUUUUUGAAACUUAUCUGGUAUAUUAAAGACUAUAUCAAUUCUUAGAAACACAGAUCUAUACUUUAAGGACCACUCCCAAAAUAAUUUAAAUGUCAAGAAUUUUGUCCUGAUGUUAAGAUUUAGCAUUGGAAUCACUUGUUCAGCCAUCAACUUAGUUGUGUAUAAGAUAAUAAAUGUUUAGAGGUAGAGCUAUUUCAAGAUUUACUGGAAAAAUUUAAUUUGAAGAUGUAACAAUUUUGACUGUAGAUGAUUUGAAUUUUUAUGAAUUUCCUAAUAAGCUAAUCACAGAAUAAUUUAUUAUAAAACGGCACUGUAUGUCUGCCACUUGUAGUUGAACUAAUUUACAUUUGACAAAACAGGUUAAAAUACUGGGUACUCUCAGUUUUGCAAUUGUAAUGUACAUUUUUUUCUGCACAUAGUGUUAUACAAUAGAUAACUUUGUACUACAGUUCUAAAGAUAGUAAAAUCACUGGCCUUUUGUAGCUCUUUUCCUGACUCCUUAUCCUCCAUGUGACAAACACAAGGUGUGCAGGUACACACAGACACAUUUUAAGCAAAGCAGGUUGAUUCCUCUAAGUUUUCAUUGUUAGUGAUUCAGAAGUACUUAGUGUAAUACACAGAGUUCAGUUGAUAGCUUUUUUAAAAUUAUGUCACUGAAGCUGAGAUUAUUCGUGAUAUAAAGUAAAACUUUAUUAAUAUUUAAUUUUCUUUCAUAUAUUAUUAAUAUUAAAUUCUUACAGGUAGAUGUUUCUUACAAUUUUGCACAAGUUUUCAUUUUUGUUUCAGAAACACUUAAUUGUGCAGGUUGUAAAAAUAAAUGAGUACAUUUUCAUUUUAACAACAUUUUUCUCCUUAAAUUGUUCUGCAGAAAUGACUAUUUUUAGGGAAAAUAGUUUUUUACAGCCACUAAAUUGUAUUUGUUAUUUUUGUACAUGUUUAAGCAGGGUGGUGAGGGCACUAAUCUUGUAGGGAACACUUUGUUCUAUUUGAACUUUUCCUACAUAUUUAAGUUAUUACUUUAAAUUACCAGUAGGAACAGUGUCAAGAAAUCUAGACCGAGAGAGAAUACAGUACACAAGAGAAUACUUAAAGUGUGAAGACAAAAGAAGAGGAAUACUGCCAAUGCCAGGGGAUGGAAGCAUAAAGGCAACAUUCACAUUGUGCUAGUGUUUAAGAGACUGCAUCAAUACAGGGAUCACACUCUCGUGGAGAGCGACAGUUUGUCUCUAUAGUUAAGUAGCUGGAAGGGGAAAAAUGGUCUAAAAUAUGGAAUAUGGGCGCUACAUUGUAAACUGUGCCAAGAUCAUGCAGGUUGUAAUUGCUAAUGAUCAGAGUUUGCUUCAUCAUUUUUGUUUUAAAGGGCAUACCGAAUGUCAGAAAAUUUGUAAUAUGUUUUAUUUGAAAGAUGUAAAUAAUGUAUACAGACUUGUAUGUGAUGGGAUAUUUAAAUUAUAAGUUUUUUUAAGGAAGAAAUUGAAUGUUUAUAAAAAAAUUAAUAAAUCAGUAUGUUUGGCCAUGAA